AUGGGGGUCCACCUCGCCUACGCCAUGGCCCACGCCGCCCUCGCCGCCCAGCAGCGGCAGGCUGCCGACGCCGACGCCGCGGGCGUUCCGGCCCACGGCCGCCUUCCGCUCACCGACGCACACUACGCGGCCAUGACCAAGCACGUCAUCCAUCUGGGCGCCCCGGGCCUCACCCGCUCUUCCUCCGCUCCGCAUCUUCGCGCGCCAUGGGAGGUUGCCGACGCUGAGUCGGUCCCCGUCCCUCGCUCGCGCGCCGCGGCCCGUGCCAUGUCCACCAUCGACCGUACAGAUAACGGGCCUGCCUCCGAUCGCGCGCGGUCGACCGCCGCAAACGCCGCUGGCUCGGCGCAUCCCGACGACGGCUCGUCGGUGGGCGAGGAAGAACCGUCGAGCGGGGGCAAGGGCAAAGCCAAGACCAAGGCCAAGGGCAAGGCCCGCAGCAAGAAGAUUAAGGGCAAGACGGUCAUUGUCGACGUCGCACCGCUCGUCUUUGCCCGCCUCCGCACCCGGUGGCGAGUUCCGGUCCCAGCCUACGUCGAUUCGCUGAUCUCGUCGCCGCUUCUCGGCGGCUCGACCGGCGCCGGCAAGUCGGGCAUGCUCUUCUUCCGCACCUGGGACAACAAGUACAUUAUCAAGACCGUCGCCUCGUCGGAGCUCUCGUUCUUCCGCAAGCAUCUCCAUGACUACUACCGCCACAUGGUCAUGUGCGACAACUCGCUCCUCACCCGCUUCUUCGGCCUCUACAAAAUCAAGGUCAAGUCGGAGACUGUCCGCGUUGUUGUCAUGAACAACGUGUUCCACACGCCGCUCCGCGUCCGCGAGGUCUACGACCUCAAAGGCUCCACCAAGGACCGCCUUGUCACCCAAAAGCAGAUCAUCGAGGGCGAGAAGGUGCUCAAAGACCUCAAUCUCAAGCGCCGUCUCCACGUCGGGCCCGGCGUCAAGGAACUGCUCCUUGACCAGCUCGAUCGCGACUCGGCAUUGCUUGCCGACCACGGCAUCAUGGAUUAUUCGCUCCUGCUCGGCAUCUACACUCCGGCUCCGGCCGCAACCGUGAGCCCGAGUGCCAGGCUCUCAUCGGCGUCGUCGUCGUCAUCAUGCUCGUCAUCGUCGUCAUCGUCGUGCUCGUCAUCGUCGUCGUCGAACCGCGGCUCAGCGCGCCUGGUUCUCGACUCGUCGACAACCUCGGACGCUUCGGAGCUUUCGUCGUCGUCGACGCUGGGCUCAUCGUCAGGCUCGGCGUCGGCAACGCUCCCGCCGGUCUCGGCCGUCCCGCCGCCGCCGCCUCUUCCGCCGCCGCCGCCGUUCCGUUCUGCCUUCCAGACCUACCUUGGCGGCAUCCGCUCCGAGGACCCCAGUGACCCGCGCCCGCUCGACGAGCGUGAGGUUUACUUUGUUGGUGUCAUCGACAUCAUGCAAGAAUACAACCUCAUCAAGAAGCUCGAGCACGCGUACAAGGUCAAGUCCGCCAAGCGGAGCACCAAGGCCGGCCGACUCACCCUGGAGAAAGCCGUGCUCUCGUCGGACCUCGUCUUUACCCCGGAGACCACCGACGAGACCGCCAUGUCUGCCAUCGAGCCCCACGCGUACCGGACCAGGUUCAUGGACUUUAUGCGCGCCAUCAUCACCGACGACGUGCCGACCUCGGAGGAGAUCGCCGCCCUCCGCUCCGAGGCGCUCGCCCGCGCCGAGCAAAAGCGCCUCAUCGACCGCCAGCGCAAGAUCAACCGCCAGCUCCGCCGUUCGACGCCCCGCAUCCACGCCCGGCCGGUAUCCACCGUCGCCUUUGCCCUCCCGGCCGUGGAUCCUGCCCUCGAGUCUGACCCGGCCUCCGGCCUCGAUCCCCGCACCGCCUCCUCAUCUGCUGCCAUCGACGACGACGACCUCUUUGCCUCUGGCGCCUGCAACGAGGACGACCUGGCGAGCAUGAUCGAGUCCGAAAUCGCCGACGCCAAUCCCAGCCUCGCGCCCAACGCCUUUGCCUUUGGCCUUAUGUCUGCCGUCGCCACUUCGAUGGCACGCACCGCCAAGUCACCGCGUUCCACCACAUCCGCGUCUGUGCCUGCGCCUGUGCCCGCUCCCGCCUCCACUUCUACAUCCAAGACCUCCUAACCCCCC